AGAGAGUGAGAACUGGUAUCCUGGUAGAGGGUUCCUGUACAUGAUCUCCUGUAUAUUUAACACUAUAUCAAUGAUGUGUUCCUCCCUGAUCCUUGUGGUCGUCAUCCUCAUCCCCGCAGCAACAUACAUCGGCAGAUACCAUAUCAUGGCUAUUGUUAUACUUGGAGCAACUGUUCUAGGUAUUGGAUUCCUGAUCAGUGCAACUCUAGCAGGGUUUGGUUUAGAUCCGACUAAAAUUCAAACUGACAGAAUAAUCACUGUUUACAACACUAAUGGUCUCCUAACCUCCUUCCUCAGGUUUACACAGACAGGACAAGGUAAGUGGAAAACAGUACUCGGAGCAACAACUCUGAUAGGACGGAUCUUCUCCUUGGUUACGAUAAACCUGUUUCUUCCUCCGUCUCAGCUCCUGGUUCAUCCAUUCCUACGAUUCUACUCAACCACACCCCGCUCACCAGCUCUGCACUACGCUAUUGCUAAACAGAUUAUUUACUACAAUAUCCUAACUCUCCUCUCCUCUAUCCUACUCUGUGUGGAUAUAGAUCAGUACGGGUUCAACUACAAUAUUACUCAAACAACAAGGAAUCUCCUGAUCUACGCGAAUAUAAGCGGAGUUCCUUGUGUGUUUAUAGCACUCUUUAUCCUAUUCAAGUUCUACAGUUCAUAUGAUCUUUGGUCUUCUAAUGGAGUUCAUCUGGUUUAUUUACAGGAUAAAAUGAAUGAAAGCUCAGAUCCCGAGAUUGCAAACCAGACGGAAUACUCUGUUCUCCAGGACUCUAGUGUAGGAGCAGAUACGGAGAAUAUCACAACCCUGGGUGAGGGUGAAGUUGAACCUGAAGAUAAUGAGGUUGGUGAACCUGGUGCAGAAUCCACCAAACUAGAUCCUGAGGAUGAGGAUAUGAAUGAGAGUACUGAGGCUGACAGGAUGACCGCUGUCAGAAAGCAGAGUAAGAUGCUCCGGGUUAGGCAGGGGGUAGGAACUAGUUCUCUUUACAGGAGAGGAAAGAAGGUUCUGCUCCGAAAACAGAAAGAGAGAUUAAACCGAAGAAUCCAAGGAUCCUGCCUAGGAGGAUGUAUAGUAGAUAUUGCUGUAGUGGAUACUAGAGGAAGAUGGAUGGAUGUAUCUGAUUAAACAAUAUUAAUACUAAACCAAUCUAACUAACUAUACCUAACACAACUGCCAUUACUGUAAAUAAGCUUUACACGCAUUCUCUAAAUUUAAAUAUAUUUUCCAAAAAAACUAAA